CAUUGAAACGUGGGGAAAGGCGAGAAGGUUAGUUCUAACUCUGAUAAUUCCUCUUUUUUCUUUAACAUCGCGUUAAAUACGGACAAAUCUCCAAAAUGGGUAAAGGUAAUAAUAUGAUUCCAAAUGGCCAUUUCCACAAGGAUUGGCAACGCUACGUGAAGACUUGGUUCAACCAGCCUGCUCGCAAAUACAGGAGGAGGCAGAACAGAAUCAAGAAAGCUAAGGCUAUUGCACCAAGACCUGUAGCCGGAGCUCUUCGCCCAGUUGUUAAGUGCCCAAGCAUUAAAUAUCACACCAAAGUUCGUGCUGGCCGUGGAUUCACCCUCCAAGAGAUUAAGGCUGCUGGACUCAAUGCCCAAUAUGCCCGUACCAUUGGCAUUGCUGUUGACCACCGUAGGCACAGCAAAUCUGCUGAAUCCUUACAAUUAAACACCCAACGCCUUAAGGUCUACUUGUCCAAAUUGAUUUUGUUCCCACAAAACCAAAAGAAGAUCAAGGCUGGUGAAGCUGAUGCUGAAAAGUGCAAGCUUGCCACCCAAUUGACUACUCCAGUUUUACCUAUCAAACAACAACAAACCAAGUACAAGGCUCGCGUCAUUACUGAAGAAGAAAAUAAAUUCAGUCCAUUCUCCACUUUGAGGAAGGCUCGUGCUGAUGCCCGUUUGGUUGGAGUUCGUGCUAAGCGCGUCAAGGAUGCCGCCGAGAAUCCCGACGACAUCUCCAAGGUUGGAAAGGCUAAGGCCAAGAAAUAAGUGUAAAUUACUAUCAACUAUUUACAUAAUAAAAUUUUAAAAUAAGACAA